CAGAAAUAUUAUAUUAAAAUCAAAAAUAUUUAUUAAAAUUGGAAAUAUUAUAUUAAAAUUGCCAAAAAAUCAGACAGCCAUAUUAAAAAGGGCAAAAAUCUGAUUUUUAUUUAUUUGACCUGUGUAUAUCUGUAGAAAAUACGUUAUAAACGUAUGAAUUUUAAUAUACUGUAGAAUAAUACGUAUACCGUAUCCUUCAUUUACAAUAUUUUUGUGAACCGUAUACAAAAUACUGAUAUACAGUAGAAAUGGUAUACGUUAUAGACUUAUGAAUUUAAUAUACCGUAUCACACAGUAUGUUUACCGUAUACUUUAUUGUAUUUUUUACUAAACACAUUUUGCAAACAGUAUACAUUAUACUGAUAUGCCGGUAGGCGUCUAUCAUCCUGAAGAGAUUUAUUCAAAAUAUAUUAUUCAGGUAGCAGGAAAGGGUUUUACGGUAAUUGAUCAUCCAUCUAAAGUUUAUGGAUUUUCUGAUAUUCACAAAUGCAUUGAUAGGAAUCUGCCUCUUCGCCUGGUUUUAGAUAUUGAUGCAAGGCAAGACCUUGAAGGUUUUGUAAAAAAAGUUGCUGAUAGAGUUGGAAAACCAUACUCAGUUUUUAUUGAUUUUGACCUUUAUAAAUCUUGCUUCAGCCUUCGUCUUCUUGGAAGACAACGUCAAAAAGACUUUUCUGAUAUUAAUAAUCUUAGUCCUGAAGAAGCUGAAGUUCUUAAAUUUGACCAAAAACGUUUUAUUGCAGAUACUAUGGCACUUAAACGUUUUUAUAUGAGGAAUCUUUAUUGCAAAGACAUGAGUAUCGAGGAUUGGAAUAAUAUUUGCAAUAGAAAAUUCAUUGAAAAUUUUAGUUCACCUGAAUCUCAGAAGCAUUUCUUACAAUUGUCUUAUUUUCGAAGGCAAGGUCAUAAUGAAGAGAGCGUAAUGAAAGGAUUGAAAGUUGAAGAAAAUAUACAAUGGGAAUUUGCCUGCUAUAGAGCUGAAAAGAAUCUGAAAAAAUUAGUAGCAGUCUUACCAAGCAUUUUGACAGAUAAAAUUUGCUCCAAAUUAUAUAAAACAUAUAAGAAAGAAACUGAAAAUGAAUCAUAG